AUGAUCGAUAAUAUUAAUAAAUUAUCAUCAAAUCUUGAUGCAACUAAACAGCAACAACAGCAGCAUACAUCAGCAUCAUUAGCAAAUUUAACUGAUGAUGAUGUUGUUAAAAUAUGGGAUGGAGUUUCAGCUUUUAUCGAAUCCUUUAUGAAACAAUCAAAAGGAGUUGUAAUUCCAGGUUUUGGUACAUUUACAUUUAUACAUAAACGUAUUGAUGUUGGAAAUAAUAAAUAUUUAUUAAUUCAACGGCCUAUUUUUUCUUUUUCGGAAAAAUUUACUCAAACACAUGCAUUAAAAUUUACUCAUUAUCCAGUUAGUGGUUCGAUUCCAGUACAUCCAUUAAAUUAUUUUUAUAUUCAAAUGCAAUCAACUUAUACACGUGAUCAAAUUGAACAAUGUGUUAAACAUGUUUUACAAGUAUUUAAUCGUUCAGUAGCUGCACAACGUAAUAUUGAAUUUACAUUUUCACGUAUUGGAAAAUUACAAAUACGUGAUGGAAAAGUUAAAAUGAGAUUUUUUAAAGAUUUUGUUGAUGCUGUCGAUGGUAGUGGAGGAAAACAUCUGAUUGAUAACGGGUGCAAUAGACCACGAACAUGUGAUUCAGUUAUGACCGAAAGAGAAGCAUCUAGACCUGCAACUGCUUCCAAUGUUGUUCUUCCACGACUUAAUAGCCGUAUUGGUAAUCCAUCAAUGCAAGCAAUUCAUGAAGAAAAUCAUACUGAUAAUGAACAACUUGCUCCCGAAGCAAAACAAAUAAAACGAACACAACAACGAGAUCCUCCUCGAAAAUUACCACCUUUGAUUGAAACAUCUAUAGAACCAGCAAUUUCUACAACAGUACAACCAUCAUUAAAUGUAGUUACAACAACGAGAGUAGUAAAUCCACAAGAUGAAUUUAAUACUAUUGCACCAUUGAUUUCACCAUCGGAUCUUGGUCAGUCAUCUUCAACAUCUUUAACAACAAAGAAACCAUCGACACCCGCAGGUUCAAUGAAACGAGCUGCUUCUUCCUAUCAAAAUGAACAAGAUAAUGAACAAACAACAAAUAAUCAAUCGAAUGGUACAGUUAUUCGAGCAACGAAUGAAAAUACUGCUGCACUUGGUUUUACUCGUCCAUCGACAGAUCGUAGUGUACGUGAUCGUAUAUCAUCAUCAUUAAAUGUCUAUUCUCAACAUAUAAAUUCAAUGACAAUAGCAAAACCUAUAACACCUUGUGGACAUCAUGGAGCUGGUCAAGAACUUUGUUAUUUAUGUCAUCAACGUAGUAAACGUAAUGUGCCUGUUUAUUUAAAUGAAGAAAGACGUAUUCGUGAUGCUGAAGAAACCAAAUUACUUGAAAUAUAUCGAGAUAAAUGUGAUCUUGAAGCACAAAGAAAACAAGAUGCUAUUAUACAAGCUAAUCGAGAAGAUAAACAACGAAAUGCUGCUUAUAAUUUGGGUAUUGCCGAAGCAAUGCGCGCUAGAAAAAUGGAACGACCUAAAACAACUGAUGUUGCACGUUCAUUUGUAUUUCGAAAACGUGUUCCAACUCCUCCAGCAUAUGUUCGUCAACAAGAUUUAGCUAAACAAUUAGAUGCACAAAUUAAAUGGAAACAAGAUGAAGAACGUGCAGAAAGACAAGAUAAAAAUUUAAGUGAACGUUUUGAACAAAUGCAAUUAGCUGAAGCUUUGGCACAAGAACGUGAAUCAUUUUUAAGAAAUAAACGCCUUAAUCAAGAAGAACUCAAAAAUACUUUAGAUAAUCAAGUUCGACAUAAACCAAAUGGAAUUCCAGCUGUUGAAGAAGCUGCACCAUUUUUCGGUGUUCAAGAUAUGUCAACAGAACAAGUACAAGAACGUCGCGCACACGCAAUUGAAAUCUUCCGAGAACAAAAAGAAAUUGUUGAACAAAGACAACGACAACAAUUACUUAAACAAAUGCGUGAACAAGAAUUUGAAUCACGAGCAUUAGAUGCUGCUAAAGACGAUUUAUUAUCUGAUCGUCGUGAACGUUUUCGUCGUGCAUUUACAAUACGUAAAGAUCUUGAAUCAAAUUGGACAAAUGCUAUGGAUGAAAAACGUGUACGUGAUCAAGAUGAACGAACACAUGUAUAUGCACCUCAAGGCGUUCUUGUACAUGAACAAUGUGAUCAAUAUAAACGUUGUGCUCAAUGUCAACGUCAACCAAAUAAUUAUGGUACUUCAAAUAUAUGGAGAGAUACACGAUAUGUGCCAGGAACACGUAUAAUGGUUUAA